CUGAAGUUCGACCAGUACGUGCGUGCGUUUUGUUGCAUUUAAAAAUGGAUGAAAAACUCAUCGAAGGCGUAAAAAAGUAUCCGUGCCUUUGGGACACGAGUUCCGAAUUUUAUAAAUGUAAUGAAACAAAGGAUGCGGCAUGGAAUGUAAUUAUUAAUGAAGCGAACAUAAAAGACGUUACAACUGCCAAAUGCCGAUGGAAACAACUUAGAGAUAACCAUCGAGAUGCAUUAAAACGUCAAAACGCAACAAGGAGUGGACAGGCUAGAAAACAACGCAAGGAGUGGAAAUAUCAAAACGCCGUGUCAUUUCUUAUACCGUACAUGUGCAACAGAGAUCGGGCAUCAAAUUUUGAAUCCUUGGAAGACUCGUCAAAUGACAAUUCAAAUCAGCCGAAUACUGAUGAUAAUUCUCAAGAAUCAAACGGUAACUUGCCAUCAACUGCAAAUAAUCUUGCCUCCGAUAAUUCGACACCAUCUGGUCCGAUUCCAUCCACAUCGAAAAAAAGGAAGAACGAUGAAAUCCUAGAUAUAUUGAGAAAAAAUCAAGAAAACCGCGAACUUUUAAGACAAGAACGCAUGGAAAUUAAAAAUAUGAUGGUAGCCAGGGACAAGCACGAUGAAAUAGACUCAUUUUUUUUAAAUUUGGCUGCGUCAACAAAAAAGUUGCCAUAUUAUUUACAACUUCAAAUAAAAAGAAAUUGUUUCAAUGCUGUAAUGACAGCUGAAGAAACAAAUCUGCAACAAUCUUGGUAUUCUCCGAAUAAUUAUGGUUACUCUACAAGCUCAACACCAACGUCAAUAGAUAUGAAUAUCAGUAAUAAUACUGCAAGUACUUCGCAUGUUGACGAAAGUAACGCUACUACUGAACACUUCUCAAUAUUUCCACAAGAUAACAUCAAUAAAUCUACUGCUACCGCUUCAGAUGUUCCAGAAACUCAGAACUUUGAAAAUACUGGAACGCCUGCAUUAGAGCCAGCAGGUUCGGAUGAAAUGGCAAAUUUGCAUAAUAAUAUUAAUUUAAAAUUUUGAAUUAUAUUAUCAU